AUGCCCCCCUUAUCGCCUCCUCUGGAGCGUAGCUCUAGUCCUGAGCCAUGGGCGACCCCCUCGCUGGCACUGAACGCCGUCCCGCAACUCGACCGUUCCGUCUCCACCGCCUCUUCUGUCUCCUCAGUAUCUGGUCGUUCCGCCAGCUCGCGACUCUCCGAUGGUGGCAGGCGGAGGGGCUACAUGCGACCAGAGGGUACAGAGUUCUCUCAGUCGGCCAAGAACAGAGAGAGCGUCAUGUCCUUGGGUACCAUCGCCCACCUGCAGUACUACUUCGCCAGGACGGGUCUCCUCGACACCGCGACCGGCCGCACAUCCAAGGACAGGAAGAAGGGCUCCAGGACAGAGAGUGGAUCUGAUCGACCUGUCUCGGGCAUAUCGACCUCGGGCAUGGAUGGGGACAUGUCGUUCCUGUCGAUGCCUUCCCCAGACGGCACCACGGAUCAUCUUGGAGAGGGGCUCGUCGAGUCCCCUAUUGACGACACAGCCUCCAUGGCCUGGGACGACCAGGAACCCGUCAUGCUGCCUCCGACGGUGAGCACGUACAAGAUGGCUCCCGUCUACGUACCGCCGCCACCAGACAUGGCCAUCCUUCGCCGCGAACUGCGUGAGUCCCUCGAAGAGGCCAAGAAGCACCUACGCGAGUUGGAAAAGGGCCAGGCCACGAGCGACGCGACAACCGAUGGCGACGCGCAACGUCGCGUUCCCGACCCAACUCCUGAAUGGCACGAGAUCCAGGGCUUGAACCUCCUUGACGUUGCUACCCUUGCCAUCCGGGCAGCGAAGAACUACUAUACUGCACAUGAGGAACCGCAGCGACUCUACGCCAUCAAGUCCGAGCGUGAAAUCAGGAAGGAACUGUAUGACGUGCUCGACGUCCUCAAACGCCUAGCUAUUCGCAACUUCGCCAACGGCGUCCAAUCCUACGAAACUUCUCACAUCAAGACCUGGGUGUUUGGCAUCAGCAAGUUGCUGGACACGGAAGAAGAGAAGGAGAAGCAGGAACGCGAGGAGCGCGAGAGUUGGACCUGGCUAGAGGGCGACUGGACUGGUAAGGAGAGGGAGCGGGAGUUGCUCUUCUUGAAGUCCUUCGAUCCCACCCCCGAGCCUCUGCCGGAAUGGACAGAUCCAGAGGUGGGCCAGGUACCGACGCCGUUCCUCACAUCAUUGCAGAACGGGCUGCGCCUCGUUCACCUCCACAACGCACUUGUCAAUAAGUCACGACGUCAUUUCGAAGAAAUCAAAUCCUACCACACAGACACGGCCAAACCGUAUCGUUGUGCAGACAACUUGCGGUACUGGGCCAAGGCGGCGGAACUGCGCUGGGACAUCAAGCUGGACAUUGAUGUCAUGGGCGUAGUCACCGGCACCGACAUCGAGGCGUGGAAGAAGUUCGACGCCGCCGUCCUGACGUGGGCAUCAGGAGUGCGGGAAGAGAUCACUUCCGAGUGGAGGGAGCAGAAGAACCCGGCGAAGACGCCUACGCUCCAGAUCGAUCCCAGCUACGAUGCUUUGUAA